UAGUGUAGGGUUUCAGAUUCCAUUUUCAGCCUCCAUUUUUUACAGUUCCACACAGCUCAGAUUUUAUAGGCCUUCCAAAAUUCUCCGUUACUGAUUCCCGCACUCUAUCCAGCAAUUCAAUUGUCGACUCUCAAAUUGAAAAAAAGCUGAAAAUUAGGGGGGAAUUAAAGAAUGUGAUUUUAUUCUAUCGUGGAAUAGCAUUUCCAAUCUGCUAUGGCAUUGUCGAUUUCGAGAAGGGUAUUGCGUGCUUUUCGAUCGUCCGAUUUUUCGUUCGGACCAGCUUCUUUGUGUAAUGCAGCGUUGAACUUCAACGGCAGUGUUGGGGAUAGCUUACCUUCGUUGCAGUCUUUGGUACCUGGGAAGGUGCCGUUUGAUGUGUACCGGAAAUAUUCGACAACAAUUUUGACCCCAAAUUCGAGUGAAGGCGCAUUCCCUUCUCAUUUAUUGUCCUCAAAACACGUGCUGGCUCCAGAGCGUGAAAUAGGUCUCUAUCAGGAUUUGGUGAUUCCUGUUACAAAUUUUGCCAACGAGGACAAGGGGUUCAUGGUAUUGGCUGGUGAUGUUUUCGAUGUCCCAAUUAGGAAGGAUAUUAUUCACCGUGUUGUAAGAUGGCAGCUUGCUAAAAGGCAGCAGGGUACCCAUUCGACCAAAAAUCUUAGCGAGGUGAGUGGGACCGGUAGAAAGCCUUGGCCGCAAAAGGGUACUGGUCGAGCAAGGCACGGAACGCUGCGGGGCCCACAGUUUAGGGGUGGUUGUGCGAUGCACGGUCCAAGGCCACGAAGUCAUGCUAUCAAGCUAAACAAGAAAGUUCGUCGACUAGGGUUGAAAGUUGCACUUUCAGCUCGUGCGGCAGAAGGCAAGCUUUUGAUUUUCGAUGAUAUGGAGGUUCCUUCACAUAAGACGAAGAACAUUGUGAACUACGCGAAUCAAAUGGAAGAUGCUAAGAAACUUCUGCUUGUUGAUGGAGGUUCGAUUAAUGAAAAGCUGAAGCUGGCUACUCAAAAUGUGCACUACGUCAAUGUACUACCUGCAAUCGGUUUGAAUGUUUAUAGCAUUCUGCUGCACGAUACGCUCGUUAUGUCACGUGAAGCUGUGAACAGAAUCGUUGAAAGAAUGCAUACUCCGAUCAGUCGUUGAUGAUUGAAUCAGUUUUUUCUAUUGAAAUUUAGUUUUUUUUUUUGGAAAAAAAUGAAAACAUGUAAAUGGCUCGUGUUUUGGACCUUUAUUUUACGAGCUAUGUAUCAGAAUUGAAUUGUAGCGAACAUAACUCGAAGGCUUCCAAGGCUUAAUAUUGGGACAACCGAAAAACAAAAAGAAAUAAGUUGAAUGAUUAAGGCUA